UAAAUUAGAUAAUUGGUAUGGCCAGAAAAUUAGAAGAGGAGGUGCUAAUUGAAGAACACAAACUUAUCGAGGCUAGCCAAAUAUUCAAAACACAUUACGAAAGAACUGAAAUUGGUAGAACAAUGCGGAAGAAAGUCUUUACAAUUGAGUUCAAUUCGAGUAAUUACAUUCAUAAACAGAGAUAUAAUUUUGUUCUUUGGGAUUGAUACAAAUACAAAGGCUUAAUUUAAAGAUUGUCUUUUUCAAAAUUCAAAAAAUUCUUUCUAAAUUACUUCAAUAAGAUUCGGAAAUUCCAUAAAGGAUGAUUUACCCACUUCUCUAUUGGCUUCAUCAAUUAUAUUAAAAAGCUAAAUAUUUCUUCAAUUACAUCCUCAAUUCUCAGAAUUAUACCAGAAAUAUCAAGCUUGAUCUGCCUAUCUUUUUUGAAAAUCAAAGAAAAACAUAUGAAUAAGAUAUUAUUAUAUACAAAGAACACUAAAGAAGUAGAGAUCGACAAUUAUACAAUAUAUCCAUUCAAUUUCAAGACUCCUUCAUCUACACUAUUCAAAACAAACAGAUAUACCAUCAUAGAUUGCUAUAUAUUUAACUCUCUCAAACUCAAAAGUUGUCGCGAAAUGCUAAACAACUUUAUUAAAUUCCUCAAAAACAUUAACUCCUGUCACCUCCAGCAAUAUUUCUAAAACUUUCAUUAUCCUCUAUUGGGAUAUCCGGAGUAAAGUCCAAAAUAGAAUCCCAACUACCAUCUAUAAACCUAACCUUCCUCUAUAAUUUCAAUCUUUCCUCUUUAAAAGAAAGAUGAGACUCACUUAAGAGUAGUUAAUUUUAUCACAAAACCUUUAAAGACCUCUCUGGCUUCUUUGAGGGGUUUGAGGAUUUUUAAUCUAACCAGAUGGGUGGCAGUAGGAAGAAGAGAUAAUGGGAUUUUUAAACGUUAAGCUUUUAUUGAGAUUUUUUAAUUGUGAUGAAGAGAAGAUAAGUAAAGAUGCAAGUUAAUGGUAUUUGUUUUGUUAAAUAAUUUAAUUACACUGUGUUUUAUUAAAUUUAUUUCCCUUGAAGAUAAUAUAAGCCAAUCUAAGCUCUCAGAUCCCAUAACUCAAACCUACAUCCCCACAAACCACUUUCCAAACCCUUCAUAGGUCCAAUAAAUCCAAUCCAUCUUCCCUCAACCUAUGCUCAUCACAUCCUACCCUAACACAUCUCUAAUCUACCAACCUAAGCCCCCUUCAUCCCUAUAAAACCCCUACCCCAAUUACCUUAACUCUCUCCAACGCC